UUAUGAUCAGCAUAUUAUCUAUUGCUAAACGUCCAAUUUUUGACUCAAUCAAAUCAACUUUGUCUAUUUGUGCUGUGAACAAACGCAAUGCUUCUCAUACCGACAUUGUUUUUCCCAAUUUUGAUGAUUAUCGUUUAGAGUCGGUUAAAAAUCCGACUGGAUCUGAGGCUAGUGAAAGUGUUGAUGACAGGCGUGGUACUCCAAGUGCAAUAGUUUAUGGAGUUGGUGGUGCUUGUUCUGUUAUCACAGCAAAGGUUAUACUCAAUACACUUGUCGAAUACAAAUCAAUGCCCGCCGAUAUGAAAGCUAUGGCUUCUGUUGAAAUCAAUUUGGAUGAAGUUCCGGAAGGAAAGACAAAAACUUUCGAAUGGCGUGGAAAGCCUAUAUUUGUCAAACAUCGAACUGAAUCUGAAAUUAAACGGGAACAGGCUGUUGAAGUUUCUCAACUUCGCGAUCCACAGAAGGAUGAGGAUCGUGUUCAACGUCCAGAAUGGUCGAUUCUUAUUGGUGUUUGUACUCAUUUGGGAUGUAUUCCAAUAUCUAAUAUGGGUGAAUUUGGUGGCUAUUUUUGCCCGUGUCAUGGUUCUCAUUAUGAUGCCUCUGGACGCAUUCGAAAAGGCCCGGCACCGUUAAACAUGGCAAUUCCUGAUUAUGAAUUCGUGAAUGAUAAUACUAUUGUGGUUGGGAAGCCAUAA